AUGGUAAAAAGGUGUGCAUACGGUGUGUGUAACAGCCACGACAGAUACAGCGAGAGGGUAGAAGGCAUUUCUUUUCAUGUUUUUCCGAAGCCGAAAACGAACCUGGAGAAAUGCAUGCGGUGGAUCAAGUUAUGCAACCGUCCCCAUUCACAGCUUAAUGUCGACUGGAUUAAUAAAAACACAUUUGUUUGUUCAAAGCAUUUUGUUGGUGGAAAAGGUCCAACAUUUCUUCAUCCUGACCCAGUGCCACAUACUUGUGGCCCAACUGACACCCCAAAACCAACCAGACUACCCCCCAAAAGAAGAAAACUUGAAUUCACAACUCCAUCAAGAACACUUGUAACAGUGAAUGAAGAAAAUUCUGUCAACAAAGAAAAUGUCUGCACAGAUCUAGACAGCAACACUGAUUUAAUGUCUCCUGAUGCACCUGAUCAUGUUUCUUACAGUGAGAAGAAGUCAAUUGCCACUCAGACAGAACAUUUAUUAACAUCUAGACAGAAGUUUUCCAAGUUAGAUGUCUCUGAAAUACGCAUGUCUCUUGCACUGAAAGGACACUUUAUUUCCAAAAUCCCACAUUCACCAUUUCCACAUACUUUGCCAUCUGGGGUUGCAGCAAUGAAAGGAAAGGCAGGAUUUACAACUAAUCCACAAUCAUGGUGUGAUCCAAUGGCCUUGAUGAAAUUAACGAUAGAAAAUAGAUCAAUCCACAAUGAGCUGACAAAAGUGAAGCAAGAAAGAGACAAUCUCAAGGAACAUGUAUCAGUGCUGUCUAAACAUUGUGACCAGGUAUAUCAAUCAAAAGUAAAACAAACUUGUGAUGCAAAUGUUCAAACCAAAAAAACAAAAAGUAACUUUUGUGUGCAUGACAUAAUUGAGGAUGAUAAACAAUUCUUAUAUUACACUGGCUUUACACCAAAUCAGUUCCUGAAUGUGUACACUUUCUUGGUACCAGAUAAAGAGGAGAUACCAUUUGAAAUUCUGACAAACAGAAAAACUGUCGUAAUGGAGCUAGAUUUGAUGAACCAGCUUUUUUUAACUGUGAUGAAAUUAAGGCACGACUUUGGUUAUAUUGACUUGGCUUUCCGUUAUGGUAUAAGAGAACAAACUACAUCGAUCAUAUUCAACACCUGGAUAAAUUACAUGUAUUUAAGGUUUUGUGAAUUGUCUAUCUGGCCCCACAGGGAUGUGAUAAAAGAAAACAUGCCAGCAAAAUUUGCCGAAGAGUUUCCUUCAACGUUUGCCAUUUUUGACUGCACAGAGAUUAAAAUCUACAAGCCUUCUUCCCUGAAAGUUCAAUCACAAACUUAUUCAGAUUACAAAUCCACUAAUACUUUGAAGGGACUGGUUGCCUGUGACCCCAGAGGAUCAAUAAUUUAUGCAUCUGUGCUAUUCUCUGGCGGAAUAUCCGACAAGGAAAUUUUUAUCAAGUCAAAAUGUAAAAACCUUUUGAAAGAUCUAGUGGAUGAAGGGUAUUUACAAAAUGGAAAUAGUGUUAUGGCUGACAAAGGUUUCAAUGUUGAAAAGGAACUCGCAGAGUGUGGUUUGAAAUUAAACAUUCCUCCAUUUGCUCGUCAGGGUACUCAAAUGAGUCAAGCAGAUGCAUUACUGACCGAGGAAAUAGCAACUCAUAGAGUGCAUGUUGAACGAGCAAUCGCAAGGAUAAAAAAAUUCGAAAUUUUGGCAAAUAGGUUACCACUAACUUUGUUUCCCCUAUCUACUCAAAUUUGA